GGAACCUGGCUGCGGGGCUGGGGGACGGCGCCGACGGCCCGGCAGGCGCUCCCUCAACAUGGGGCUGGAGGCCCAGAAGCUGCCGGAGGUCGAGGAAGCCCCGGUGAGGGUGGCCCUGCGAGUCCGCCCGCUGCUGCCCAAGGAGCUGCUACACGGGCACCAGAGCUGCCUGAGGGUGGAGCCCGGGCACGGCCGGGUCACCCUGGGCCGAGACCGCCACUUUGGCUUCCACGUGGUGCUGGACGAGGACGCCGGGCAGGAGGCUGCGUACCAGGCCUGUGUGCAGCCCCUCCUGGAGGCUUUCUUUGAGGGGUUCAAUGCCACCGUCUUUGCCUACGGUCAGACCGGCUCCGGAAAGACCUACACCAUGGGCGAGGCCAGUGUCGCCUCCCUGCACGAGGAUGAGCAGGGCAUCAUCCCGCGGGCCAUGGCGGAGGCCUUCAAGCUCAUCGAUGAGAACGACCUGCUGGACUGUCUGGUGCACGUGUCCUACCUGGAAGUGUACAAGGAGGAGUUCAGAGACCUGCUGGAGGUGGGGACCGCCAGCCGGGACAUCCAGCUUCGGGAAGAUGAGCGAGGCAAUGUCGUGCUGUGUGGGGUGAAGGAGGUGGACGUGGAGGGCCUGGACGAGGUGCUGAGCCUCCUGGAGAUGGGGAACGCCGCCCGGCACACGGGCGCCACGCACCUCAACCGCCUGUCCAGCCGCUCGCACACCGUCUUCACCGUGACCCUGGAGCAGCGCGGCCGCGCCCCCAGCCGCCUGCCCCGGCCCGCGCCCGGCCAGCUGCUCGUGUCCAAGUUCCACUUCGUGGACCUGGCGGGCUCGGAGCGGGUGCUCAAGACGGGCAGCACGGGCGAGCGGCUGAAGGAGAGCAUCCAGAUCAACGGCAGCCUCCUGGCGCUCGGCAACGUCAUCAGCGCCCUGGGCGACCCGCAGCGCCGCGGCGGCCACAUCCCCUACCGCGACUCCAAGAUCACCCGGAUCCUCAAAGACUCGCUGGGCGGCAACGCCAAGACGGUGAUGAUCGCCUGCGUCAGCCCCUCCGCCUCCGACUUCGACGAGACCCUCAACACCCUCAACUACGCCAGCCGCGCCCAGAACAUCCGCAACCGCGCCUCGGUCAACUGGCGGCCCGAGGCCGAGCCGGCGCCCGAGGCGGCGGCGCCGGGCGCGCGGGGGCCGCCGCGGCACCGCUCGGAGACGCGCAUCAUCCACCGCGGCCGCCGCGCCCCGGGCCCCGCCGCCGCCGCCUCGGCCGCCGCCCGCCUGGGCGCCGAGUGCGCGCGCUACCGGGCCCGCACGGACGCGGCCUACAGCCUCCUGCGCGAGCUGCAGGCCCAGCCCGGGCUGCCCGGCGCCGCGGCCCGCAAGGUGCGCGACUGGCUGUGCGCCGUCGAGGGCGAGCGCAGCGCCCUGAGCUCCGCCUCCGGGCCCGACAGCGGCAUCGAGAGCGCCUCCGCCGAGGAGCAGGCCACGCGGGGCCCCGGCGUGCGGCAGGAAGAGGAAGGGGCACUGCAGCUGCUGGCUCUGCAGAGCCAGGUGGCCCGCCUGGAGGAGGAGAACCGAGACUUUCUGGCCGCGCUGGAGGACGCCAUGGAGCAGUACAAACUGCAGAGUGAUCGGCUGCGUGAGCAGCAGGAGGAGAUGGCAGAGCUCCGGCUGCGGCUGGAGCUGGUACAGCCUGGCUGGGGGGCCUCCGGGCUCCUGCAGGGCCUGCCUCCUGGGUCCUUCAUGCCCCGGCCCCACACAGCCCCCUCAGGGAGUGCCCAGGCCCACGUGUUGGGCAUGGUGCCUUCGGUCUGCCUCUCUGGAGAUGAAGCUGGCCCUGAGAACUGGGGAGAGCAGGUGGCAAAUGGUGAGGAGGCUGGAGCCGUGCUGCUGGCGGAGGGAGACAGGCUGGAAAGCGGGUCCUCAGCUGCAUCAGAAGAGGAGGAGGAGGAGGAGCCCCCGCGAGCCUUGCACUUGCGCAGAAAUGGGAUCAGCAAGUGGAAGCACAGAGUGGGGGCUCACCCACGGAGCCCCCCUGACCUGAAGGGCACUGAGCUCUGCCUUGAGGAGUUGGAUGCUGCCAUCCCGGCGCCCAGAGCAGUCAGGGGGAGCCAGGCCCCUGUAGCCACGGCCUCCGAGUGGCGGCUGGCCCAAGCCCAGCAGAAGAUCCGGGAGCUGGCCAUCAACAUCCGCAUGAAGGAGGAGCUCAUUGGGGAGCUGGUGCGCACAGGGAAGGCGGCCCAGGCGCUGAACCGCCAGCACAGCCAGCGCAUCCGGGAGCUGGAGCGGGAGGCCGAGCGGGUGCGGGCCGAGCUGAGCGAGGGGCAGCGGCAGCUGCGGGAGCUGGAGGGCAGGGAGCCCCAGGAUGCUGGAGAGCGGUCCCAGCUCCAGGAGUUCCGCAAGAGGGUGGCCGCGGCCCAGAGCCAGGUACAGGUGCUGCGGGAGAAGAAGCAGGCCACGGAGCGGCUGGCGUCGCUGUCGGCACAGAGCAAGAAGCGGCUGCAGGAGCUGGAGAGGAACGUGCAGCUCAUGCGGCAGCAGCAGGGGCAGCUGCAGCGGCGGCUACGUGAGGAGACGGAGCAGAAGCGGCGCCUGGAGGCGGAGAUGAGCAAGCGGCAGCACCGUGUCAAGGAGCUGGAACUGAAGCACGAGCAGCAGCAGAAGAUCUUGAAGAUCAAGACGGAGGAGAUCGCAGCCUUCCAGAGGAAGCGGCGCAGCGGCAGCAACGGCUCGGUGGUCAGCCUGGAGCAGCAGCAGAAGAUCGAGGAGCAGAAGAAGUGGCUGGACCAGGAGAUGGAGAAGGUCCUGCAGCAGCGGCGGGCACUGGAGGAGCUGGGGGUGGAGCUGCACAAGCGGGAGGCCAUCCUGGCCAAGAAGGAGGCCCUGAUGCAGGAGAAGACGGGGCUGGAGAGCAAGCGCCUGCGGUCCAGCCAGGCCCUCAAUGAGGACAUCGUGCGGGUGUCCAGCCGGCUGGAGCAUCUGGAGAAGGAGCUGUCCGAGAAGAGCGGGCAGCUGCGGCAGGGCAGCGCCCAGACCCAGCAGCAGAUCCGUGGGGAGAUUGACACCCUGCGGCAGGAGAAGGACUCGCUGCUCAAGCAGCGGCUGGAGAUCGACGGCAAGCUGAGGCAGGGCAGCCUGCUGUCCCCGGAGGAGGAGCGGACGCUGUUCCAGCUGGACGAGGCCAUCGAGGCCCUGGACGCGGCCAUCGAGUACAAGAACGAGGCCAUCACUAGCCGCCAGCGGGUGCUGCGGGCCUCGGCCUCCUUGCUGUCCCAGUGCGAGAUGAACCUCAUGGCCAAGCUCAGCUACCUCUCCUCCUCGGAGACCAGAGCUCUGCUCUGCAAGUACUUUGACAAGGUGGUGACCCUGCGGGAGGAGCAGCACCAGCAGCAGGUGGCCUUCUCGGAGCUGGAGAUGCAGCUGGAGGAGCAACAGAGGCUGGUAUACUGGCUGGAGGUGGCCCUGGAGCGGCAGCGCCUGGAGAUGGACCGCCAGCUGACCCUGCAGCAGAAGGGGCACGAGCAGAACAUGCAGCUGCUGCUGCAGCAGAGUCGAGACCAUGUUGGUGAGGGGGGCGUGGACAGCAGGAGGCAGUACGAGGCCAGGAUUCAAGCCCUGGAGAAGGAGCUGGGCCGCCAUGUGUGGAUAAACCAGGAGCUGAGGCAGAAGCUUGGCGGCCUGAGCACGGUCGCAGGCCCAAGUCGGGGUGGAGAGAAGCGGACCCUCUGCCUGGAGAGCAGACACCCUCUUGGGAAUGAGGAGGAGCUGCCCCCAGCCCCCGAACUGUUCUGGCAGCCCCCCAUCACUGAGGGCAGCCCCCGCACCCGGGAAGAGAUGCGGGACUUGGUCCGCGCACCUUUGCCAGUGACCUGGAAGCGCUCCAGCCUGGGGGGUGAGGAGCAGGCUGCCCCUGAGGAGCCCCGACAGUGGGAGGUGGCUGAGCCCCCAGCAGGACAGGCGCCUCCUGGGGGUGAAGGGGGCCUGUCCCGGGGUUUCGGGCCCUCAGCCAAGCCCCGGAGGGAAGUGCGCAGGGUCAGCCCCAGCAUGAUUGACGUCAGGAAGAACCCCCUGUAGGCUCUGGGGCCCAGCAGCCUCGAGGGGGGCUAGUCCUGCUGAGGUGCACCCACAGAUCUGUACCCCAACCAAGUGACAAGCUGGCCAUUGGCCUAAAGAGCUGGACUCAAAACCUGGUUUUUAAAAAGUGCACCCCUCCCCCUUCACUGGGGGACUUGACUGCCCCAGGCCUGGGUCUGGGGGAAGGCUAGCGCCAUGUCCAGUGCCCUAGGUCUGGGGCGCAGCAGGAAAGGAAACGGCCUUGGGCUCUAAAUGUCUUCUGCACGCGGCGGAACUGGGCAGUACAUAUUUUUAGGAUUUUGUAAAACCAUUUUAUAAUAAACAAGUACAGUCUCUAAAGGGAGAAAUGGAGCGUCCACUUGGGUUUGCUGUACCAGCAGGCAGGAGUCGGCUUCGGGAACACGGCAGGUGAGGUGGUCUGGAGACGGCCCCCACGGCCCGGGCAGCGCGGCCUCCAGACCCGGCCCCUCCAGCCAGCCGCCAGGGCGCAGCUGAACAGAAACACACCUGAGGCCGGGGAGCCAGAGGGACUUUAUUGCUGCAACAGAAAUGGCUCCUGUCGCCCACAAAGGCUUUGGCUUCUCAGGGCGGAGUCCAAGAGCACAGCGUGUCCCGGGGUCCCGCCUGAGGGCAGCCAGUGGGAAGCUGCCUGGGGUGGUCUCUGCCCUCCUACCUGCCCAGGUCACGCCCACAGCAGGGCUGGGUGGGCUCCACCUGCAGCCCAACCUCCAGCUCCCGACAGGUUGGCUUUCAGGGGGUCCUGAAAGCUGAUGUGUCAACAAGCCUUGGGGCCAGGCCCCCAUCUCUCCAUGUCCGCGGGGCCCUGGCUGACUUCACCUCCAUCUUCAGUGCUCCCGCAGCCAUCAGAGUCCUGGCCGAUGACGCAGAGCAGGGCCCGGCUGGAGGGCUGGAGCCCCCCUGGGGCAGCGCAUAGUGCUGUGCUCGGCUGGCGGCAUCCCCCCAGCUAGCUGAUGAGCUUCUUGCGUGUGUAAGUCCUCGCGAUGGGGCGCCGCCUGGAGAAGGCUCGGCUCAAGGGGGACUCCUCUGCCACAGGAGGGAAGAUAUCUGCAUCCUCGUCUAGAAAAAGCAGACAAGUGGCCUGCAGAGACGGCUGGGGUGGAGCAGAAAGAAAUGCAUGCGGGGGUCCCCAGCCUGUGGGUGCCGUCCUACGGGGGCGGGGUGCAGCGCCCCACAAUCACGUGCUCC